GGCAAAAUUCUCUACAAAGUACGGUGGAAAGGAUAUACCUCUGAUGAUGAUACCUGGGAACCAGAGGUUCAUUUGGAAGACUGCAAAGAAGUGCUGCUUGAAUUCAGAAAGAAAAUUGUGGACAAUAAGUCUAAACCUCUAAAAAAAGACAUACAGAAACUGUCUCUAAAUGAUGAUGUAUUUGAAGCAGAAUCUGACAGUGACUGGCAAAGUGAAACAAAAGAUGGUGUUUCACCAAAGAAGAAAAAGAAGAAGUCAAAAGAUGGAGAGGAUCGGAGUUCAGGUGACCUGAAGAAGAAAACGUCUAAGUCUGCAAAAUUCAAAGAAAAACCCAGAACAGAAUGUGAAAACUCCUCAGAUACUUUGGUUUUAGAUUCAAAACCAAAAAAAAGGACUUUAGAAACCAAGGAGGAUUCAAAGGACCCAAAGAAACAAAGGAAAGAAGAUACUAAAGAAGUCAAGAAAAAGAAGGGAGAGGUUAAAGAUUUAAAAAUAAACUCUAAAGAAGAUUUUAAAGAAAAUAAAAAGUCACAGAAGGAAAAGCAUGGAGGUGUUCAGUUUGACUCAGAAUCAAGUAUUCUAGAUGAUGUAUUUUCUCAAGGAACUGAUAAUGAAAAUUCAGACUUAAAUUCUGAAAAUAAAGAUGAGAAGGAAAAGGUUGUAAGUGGAGAAGAGAGAUUAGAACAGGAAAUUGCUGAAAAGGAUUCCAUUGCUGAUAUGCAUCUUGAUGGAUCAGCAAGUAAUGAAGAUGAUAGUAUUGAUGGUAAGGGUAAAAGAAAGAAGAAAAUAAUUCUGAAAGCUGAAGAUUUUGAGGAAGGUAAAAAAGUGGACACUCAGGAUACCUAUUUAGAGAACAAAAACAUGCACAAAAAGCAAAAAGAUCAAGAAAAAGUAAAAAUAGCACCAGAAGAGUUGGAAAAAGUAUCACCUGCUUCUUCACCACUGCAGAAGGGCUUAAAAUUGAGUUCUGAUGAAACGGGAUGCAAGUCCACUGAUUCAGCUGGGGAGGAGAAAGAAGUAAAGAAAAUUGAAACAAAAGAAAAAUAUCAAAAAAAAGAGCCUGAAAAAGAAGAAAAGAGCAGAAAAGAACAAAAGGGCCUAAAAAACUUUAAAGACAUCAAAAGUGCAUUUGACUUUUUUAAUGUAGCUUCAGAAGAAAAAAGUGAAUAUUCUGAGAAUAACUGCAAAAGAGAAGAAUCUUCGCUAGAAUAUAAACUCAUAGAAGAAUUAAAAUCAAAAGACAGCAAGGUGUACAAGGAAAAGAGGAGCAUAAGAGAUGAAACAGACACAUGGACUUACAUUGCUGCAGAAGGUGAUCAAGAAGUAGUGGAUGUGUGUCAAAUGGAGAACUCUGAUGGCAAGCAACAAGUCUUGAGUUUGGGUAUGGACAUGCAGUUAGAAUGGCUGACACUAGAAGACUUUCAAAAGCAUCUUGAUGGAGAAGAUGAGAAUCAUGUGUCAACAAAACCGAUAUCAAGUACUCUCCUGAGGGAUGCUGUUAAAAGUGGAGAUUAUAUGACAGUAAAGAUGGCACUUUCUUCAAAUGAGGAAUAUAAUCUGGAUCAAGAGGACCCAAGUGGAAUGACCCUGGUAAUGCUUGCUGCUGCUGGUGGGCAUGAUGACCUUCUCCGGGUCCUAAUCAGGAAAGGAGCUAAAGUUAAUGGGAGACAGAAAAAUGGAACAACUGCAUUGAUACACGCAGCUGAAAAGAAUUUUCUAACAACAGUAGCUAUUCUACUGGAAGCUGGGGCAUACGUAAACAUGAAGCAGAGCAGUGGUGAAACUGCUUUAAUGAAGGCUUGUAAAAGAGGGAAUUCUGACAUAGUGCGGCUUAUGAUUGAAAGUGGAGCAGACUGUAACAUUUUGUCAAAGCACCAGAACAGUGCACUGCAUUUUGCUAAACAGUGCAAUAACCUGCUGGUGUAUGAGCAGCUCAAGAGUCAUUUGGAAACGCUCUCAAGAGUAGCAGAAGAUACCAUCAGGGAUUAUUUUGAAGCUCGUCUUGCUUUGCUGGAGCCAGUCUUCCCAAUUGCGUGUCAUCGACUGUGUGAAGGGCCAGAUUUUUCUACAGAUUUUAACUACAGACCCCCCCAAAAUAUACCAGAAGGCUCUGGAGUUCUUCUCUUUGUUUUCCAUUCAAACUUCUUUGGUAAAGAAGUCAUCGCUCGGCUCUGUGGACCAUGCAGUGUACAAGCUGUGGUUUUAAACGACAAAUUCCAGCUCCCUGUAUUUUUGGACAGUCACUUUAUUUAUUCCUUCAGCCCCACUGCAGGCCUUAACAAGCUUUUUAUACGGUUGGCAGAAGCUCCUGCUGCCAAGGUGAAGCUGCUGAUCGGAGCAUACAGAGUGCAGCUGCAGUGACCUCACAGCUGUGAGCGUGUUCAGUGGACGGACAUUGUUUUGGAUGUACUUCUGAUUUCUCUGUUUAGAGACUGACAGAGCAGUUUGGAACUUUUUGGCACCAUGCUCCUAAGACUGCGUUCCCAUCUCGCUGUCCCUUGCUGGCAGCCACGUAGGGAAGUGUGCGUUGGAGAGGAGCUGGAUCUGCAGCACUCGUGGGACAGGGCUGUCAGCUUUUUUUACUUUGUACAGGUGUAGAUAUAAGUAUUUGUGCCAAUACAUGGAAUUCUGGUUUUCUUUAACAUGCCGAGUCCAGACUGCAUAUUUCAGCUUUUCCACAAUGUGGAACGGUGCAUAUAAGAACUAUUUAAGGUAACUAUGUGAAAUGUCUUUUUUAAUAGAUCUUUCCAUUUGUAAACUAAGGUUUUCUACU